UUUUUUUCUUUUUUUCGGAGCUGGGAACCGAACCCAGGGCCUUCCGCUUGCUAGGCAAGUGCUCUACCACUGAGCUAAAUCCCUAACCCCCCUUCCCACCUUUUUAUCUACUAUCUUUUCUCUUUCUUGUUUAAAACACACACACACACACACACACACACACACACACACACACACACCCCAAAACAAACAAGCAAACAAACAAAAAACAGAAAAAAACCCACCAAAAUGAAAGAAAAAGGUACCGUUUCCCUCAGCUCCCUUGGCCAGCUACUCCUGAACAUAGGGUCUGAUCUGGUGUGGUUGAUGUACCCAGUAACACCCCAUUGAGAAGAACUGGUUUCCUUUUUGCCAGCAGUAACAAUUAUAAAUAGCUUGGUUAGAAGUGGGAUACCAUGCCAGGUUUUCUCUUCUCCAUGUUGGAACCCAUCUGGCUUGAAUCUCUGGGUGUCUGUUUAGGUCAUACAUCACAGUCUCUGUGAUCUCACAUUGUACAUCAGUCCUGUUGUGUCUGCAAGACAGUGUUCCUUUGGUGCCAUCCAUUCCCUCUGACUCUAAAAUCUUUCAGCUUCCUGUUCCCCAUAGAUCCCUGAGCCUUUGAGAGGAGGGGCUUGGUAAAGACAUUUCUUUUAGGACUGGGUGCUACACAGUCUCUCACUCUGCACACUGCCCAGUUGUGGGACUGCAUUUCCACCUACCGCCUGAAGAUGCUUCUCUGCUGUGCAUUGGAUGAGGCCUAAUCUCAGGAAACCUCGCCCUGUCUCCCAGCUGGUCGCACAGCAGGUCACUCAGCAGUUCGUGCCCCCUACCCAGUCGAAGAAAGAGAAGAAAGACAAAGUAGAGAAGGACAAAAGUGAGAAGGAAGCAGCUAGCAAAAAGAACUGUCACAAGAGAACCAGACCAAGAUUAAAAAAUGUGGAUCGGAGUAGCGCGCAGCACUUGGAAGUCACUGUUGGAGACCUGACAGUCAUUAUCACAGACUUUAAGGAGAAAGCGAAGUCAGCGCCUGCAUCCGGAGCCGCGGCCGCCGAUCAGCACAGCCAGAGCAGCUGCAGCUCGGACACCACCGAGCGGGGCCUGUCCAGGUCCUCCUCGCCCCGCGGAGAAGCCUCGUCCCUGAACGGAGAGUCGCACUAAACACUCGAGCUCCACUUAGUCAUGCCUGUCCUCCAUGGAAACACAGAUUAUGCCAACAACUACCACAUUUUCAUGACAGACACUCAUGCAUAACCUAUAAUUUGAGUUUUACAUGAAACAUGAAUUUGCCAGGAUUCAUUAGAUUUAUUGCAGUGUAAGCUACCGAACAUUUCCAGACGUAACAUUUCGGUCUCUGCUGUGAAAGGCCAUGAAAAUGUGGUUGAAUUAUUCAUUAUGCAGUGUUAUUGGUAAGUCUAUUUUCACUUAUAGUUUAGUGAAUUCUAACACAUAAUUAUUGAAUUCUCUACUAUUGGCAUGUAAUGAGUUUAAAUUUUUUAUUACAUAGUGCAAGCUGCCUAAAUAUGUAUUAUUUGAGAAUUGUGAAACAAAUAGUUAUAUGUAUGCAAGUCAGAGGUCGGCUGAAUUACUCUUGCUGCGACAGGACUUUCUUAAUGCCUAUUCUCCUAAUGCACCUGCUGGUACUUGGUGUGAUUAAAUAGGAAAGUUGUUAUUAAAUAAAGAAUUUGUAUGAACCUUUGCCAAUGUUUUUGACAUGUUUUUACUAAAUUAUUGUUUCUGAGUUAUGUUUUAUCCAUUUUUGCAGUUUAUGUUUGUUAGUUUGCUUGUUUUUCAAAGCCUCGGUUUGUUGUACUGUUUACUAGCUGAAUAGUAAACAAUAAAACACGGACUGUGUAGCUUUCUGAUUGAACACUGGUAUUUCCUGUAUUCUCUAAGACGUUAAAGUUGAAGGAGUAUACGUAUCUGGCAGGAACAGGAAAGAACUGCCAUCCUUGCAAAAGCUUUAACUUAAUGAUAGUUUAUCACUGUUUCCUUGUUCCAAACCUGUCCCGGGUCAUAGACAUGUGAAUCUAAUUAAUAUAACGUGUAACUAUUGCACAGUACUGGGGUGCACUCCUAAGGUGAUUUAAUUGGCCUUUUCCUAAAUAUAACAAUUGGUCUGGAAACCAUAGUACUCUGGGUUCCAGAUACAGCCUCCAGUUUAUGCACUUAUCAAUAUCCUGAAAUAGAAAGUAUUUACAGCCCCACUCACUUAUGUAUAAUUACCAAUAAAAUAUUUUUUAUGACUUAA